AUGAAAAAAUAUCGUGUUAAAAAACUACCAGCUAAAUGUAAUAUUUUAGGACUGAGCUAUCGCAGUAUAAGCAUUUUAAUAGCGUCUGUUUUAAUCGCACAAAAUGUCUCUUAUAUUUUAAGUUUUAUGCUAAAAACCAAAAUAUCCUGCUAUAUUUACAACAAUGGUCUCUAUAGUCUGGUCAUACAAUUUGGAGAUGAUUAUUGGUCUUUAGUUGGCUUAUUGAUUGCAAUAUUAUGUCUUGCCACCAAUACCGCACUGCUAGUAGGAUCUAUCUGGCUUGUUAAAAGUUUCAUAUUGAUGUGGUAUGUUGGUGGUAUAAUACAAUUCGUGUAUUUGUUAAGUUUCCAAAGUUUUUGUUUAUCUACAAAAUCUUGUAAUAAUCAUUGCACAAUGGAUCAAGAAGCUAUAAAAUAUUAUCACUGGGGAUUUGGUUGGUGUUUGUUUAUAACUUUAUAUUUCUACGUUACUUUCAUCUUUAAAAUACAACUUUUUUAUGAAUAUGUCAAAUAUCUGCAACGACCUCGUCUUACAACAUUUUCGGGCAAUGAAAUGUUUAAUCGCAGUUCCUUUUAUAGAAGAUCAUCCAGUGUGAAUAUAUAA